AUGAAAGGAGAUGGGAUGGCAGAGGGGACCCUGACUUGGAGGAAAGACAAUGAGCUCACCCCUUUGUGCCCUAUGUUAGGGACAGUGUUGGUGCAUCCUACAGGACAUGCCCAGCAGACAGAGGAGCAGCUGUGGGAUGAGAAGAUGAAAUCAAAGAUGCAGCAAGGAAGUGAUGUCACUGUGGGAACUGCCCUGUGGGGACAAGGACGUCCGUCAUCCUCUGCUCCUGCUCACAGUGACACUGAUCUGGUAACGCCCCUGUCCUGGCCUGACCCUGCCAUGGGCACCAGGCUCCUCUGCUGGGUGGUCCUGGGUUUCCUAGGGACAGAUCACACAGGUGCUGGAGUCUCACAGUCCCCAAGGUACAGAGUCACAAAGAGGAGACAGGAGGUAGCUCUCAGGUGUGACCCAAUUUCGGGUCAUGAGUACCUUUACUGGUACCAACAGGCCCCUGGGCAGGGCCCAGAGUUUCUGAUUUACUUCCGGGAUGAUGCUCAACUAGACAAAUCAGGGCUGCUCAGUAGUCGGUUCUCUGCAGAGAGGCCCAAGGGAUCCGUCUCCACUCUGAAGAUCCAGCACACAGAGCAGGGGGAUGCGGCCGUGUAUCUCUGUGCCAGCAGCUUAGCCACAGAGUGGCACGGUCGCCUCCUUCCUGUUCACAAACCUCAUCCUUCUCUCUCAUUGCUGCUACUAGAGACCCUUAGUAGAGGCCUCUCUUUCAUCCUCAUUUUUCAUGGGAAAGGAGUAGAUUUGGACAUCGGCUGCCCAUUAGAAUCACCAAGGCUCAUCCUCGCCAGCUCCCCACAGACGCCAACAGGAUUUUUCUGCCAGGUGCAGGACACAGGAAUGGCUCUGUCUGUCUCUUAG